AUGGCCCCGCAGUCGGCCAAGGUGCCGGCGAUGGCGAGUAAUGGUUCAGCGCUUGACGACAGCAACCCAGGAGGACCCCCAUCGGGACUCUCUGCGAUACGUACCCAGUAUACCUCGGAGCAGAGCGUCCGACAAAUGCUGAAGAACACGGGCUACGAUGAAGCGCGGGAGGAUGGUUAUCGCCUGAAGGGCAUUCAGUUGAUCGACAGUGUGCGGGAAAGUCUGCAAUUACCAGUCAAGACGUUUGACACAGCGGCGAUAUAUUACCACAAGUUCCGAACGCGAUUCCCCAGUAAUGAAUACAACUACGAGGAUGUCGCCCUGUCGGCUCUCUUCGUGGCGUGCAAGGCCGAGGACACCAUCAAGAAAUCCAAGGAGAUUCUUUGUGCGGCACACAACUUCCGGCAACCGCAUGAUCAUAAAACACCAGAUGACAAAAUAUUCGAGGCACCGUCUCGGUUCACUGUCGGGCUGGAGCGACACAUUCUCGAAACAAUUGGCUUUGACUUUCAUGUCCAGUAUCCUCAGAAGCUUCUGAUAAAAAUGGUGAGGAGGAUGUUUCCAAGGGGGGGUAGCAACGAGCAAGACGAAGGCCAACGUUUUCUGCACGUUGCCUACGAUAUGUCGAUUGAUGUGUACAAGACAUUUGCGCCCAUCAAACAAACCACUUUCACACUGGUUCUGGCCAUUCUCGAGUUAACAGCGCUCCUCAUGGACACCGACUCUGGAAGAGCCAGCCAAUUCAAGACUUCUGCAGCAUUCCAUACAGAAAGGGCCUGCAUAAUCGAAACAAUACUGGACCUGUUGGAUCUCUACACACAGUUUCCCAAAUCCACCAAAAUAGGUUCUCGGUUCGAUCUCAACAAGCUGAUGGAUGUCAAAAUUAAUAUUAACAAUCAAGUGGCGAAGGAAGAGCGUCAGCGCUACUACAGAUGGUGCGAUCGAUGCGUCCCGGAGGCAUUAGAUGCCCGAUCGGUCACACCUGGUUCGGCAACAUCCCCGGCAACAACACGGAAGCGGGCUGCCAGCGAAGGGACACAGCGGUUCGUGUUUGAUGCCGACGCGGCGCGGAGGGAAGUGGAUCUUGUAGCGGGCUACUUCAAUGACGAGUAUGAGGAGGUUGAGGUUGAGGAACCACUUAAGGAACCGGAGCCCCGCCAGUCCAACCGAAAUAGCCACCCGCAGCGCGCCCACGGUCAGAAUCACGGGGAGUAUGGGUGGCCAGGAUACUAUCGAAAUAGCAGGCAUGGACCUCACAAUGACCGGCAACGGAGUCGACGAGGUCACGGGUAUUGA